AUGACUAGUGGAAACACGUUUGGAGCAGAGGUGAACACAAGUGGUAUAGAAGUAGAUACGAUUGGAGCAGAAGUGAACACGAGUGGUAUAGAAGUAGAUACGAUUGGAGCAGAAGUGAACACGAGUGGUAUAGAAGUAGAUACGAUUGGAGCAGAAGUGAACACGAGUGGUAUGAAUACGAUUGGACAGAGAUACGAUUGGAGCAGAAGUGAACACGAGGGUAUAGAAGUAGAUACGAUUGGAGCAGAAGUGAACACGAGUGGUAUAGAAGGAGAUACGAUUGGAGCAGAGGUGAACACGAGUGGUAUAGAAGGAGAUACGAUUGGAGCAGAGGUGAACAUAAGUGGUAUAGAAGUAGAUACGAUUGGAGCAGAGGUGAACACGAGUGGUAUAGAAGGAGAUACGAUUGGAGCAGAGGUGAACACGAGUGGUAUAGAAGGAGAUACGAUUGGAGCAGAAGUGAACACGAGUGGUAUAGAAGGAGAUACGAUUGGAGCAGAAGUGAACACGAGUGGUAUAGAAGGAGAUACGAUUGGAGCAGAGGUGAACACGAGUGGUAUAGAAGGAGAUACGAUUGGAGCAGAGGUGAACACGAGUGGUAUAGAAGAAGAUACGAUUGGAGCAGAGGUGAACAGAAGUGGUAUAGAAGGAGAUACGAUUGGAGCAGAGGUGAACACGAGUGGUAUAGAAGGAGAUACGAUUGGAGCAGAGGUGAACACAAGUGGUAUAGAAGGAGAUACGAUUGGAGCAGAGGUGAACACAAGUGGUAUAGAAGUAGAUACGAUUGGAGUAGAGGUGAACACGAGUGGUAUGGAAGUAGAUACGAGUAGAGCAGAGGUAAACACGAUCGAGUGGUAUAGAAGUAGAUACGAUUGGAGCAGAUGUGAACAUGAGUGGUAUAGUGGUAGAUACGAUUGA